GCUCCUCAGGCUUCCACGAUGCCCAUCCCUGUCUCCUUGUCCAACCAUCCUCCUCCUUGCCUGCUGCUGACUCUACUGCUGGGACUCACAGGAGUGGCAGGUGAGAACGAGGUGCAGGUGAUUCAGCCUGAGAGGUCAGUUUCAGUUGCUGCAGGAGAGAUGGCCACUCUGCACUGCGACAUGACCUCCCUGUUCCCCGUGGGGCCCACCAAGUGGUUCAGGGGCACAGAGCCAGGCCGAGAGUUAAUCUACAGUUUCAAAGGAGGCUCCUUCCCUCGAGUAACAACUGUUGCAGAUACUACAAAGAGAGACAACUUGGACUUUUCCAUCCGCAUCAAUAACAUCACCCCAGCAGACACCGGUAUGUACUACUGUGUGAAGUUCCAGAAAGGAAACCCUGACGUGGAGGUUAAGUCUGGACCAGGCACUCAUCUCACUGUGAGUGCCAAACCCUCUCCUCCUGUGGUAUCAGGCCCCGCAGUGAGGGUCACACCUGAGCAGACAGUGAGCUUCACCUGCAAAUCCCACGGGUUCUCCCCCAGAAACAUCUCCCUGAAAUGGUUCAAAAAUGGCAAUGAGCUCUCAGCCUCCCAGACCAACGUGGAACCAGAGGGAAACGACGUUUCCUACAGCAUCUCCAGCACAGCCAAAGUGUUGCUGGCCCUGGGGGAUGUUCGCUCCCAGGUCAUCUGCGAGGUGACCCACAUCACCCUGCAGGGAGACCCUCCUCUUCGUGGGACAGCCAACUUGUCUGAGACCAUCCGAGUUCCGCCUACCUUGACGAUUACCCAGCACCCCAUGGCGGGGAACCAGGUGAAUGUCACCUGCCAGGUGAACAAGUUCUACCCCCAGCGCCUACAGCUGACCUGGUUGGAGACUGGAAAUGUGCCCCGAAUAGACAUGGCUUCGACCCUCCUAGAGAACACGGAUGGGACCUUUAACCGGACGAGCUGGCUCGUGGUGAACUCCUCUGCCCACAGGGAGGCUGUGCUGCUCACCUGCCAGGUGGAGCAUGACGGACAGCCAGCGGUCACCAAAACCCACACCCUGGAGGCCUCUGCUCCCCAGAAGAACCAGGAUGCAGAUGAACCUCUUGGCCCAGAGCUGUCUUCUCUCCUGGUAGUUCUCCUCCUAGGCCCCAAGGUGCUGUUGGUGAUUGGUGUCUCUGUCAUCUUUGUCCACAGGAAGCAUUGGGCCUGA